UUAUGUCAUAGACUGUGCCAGACCAGUUCCAGGUUGACUUAUUUAUGACCAAUCAUCGUCAUGGAAAUAUUACAGGACAUUCGUAUUAUUAAUCAGAUAAGAUGAUUUCAUUUGAUAAAACGGAUACAUUGAUCGACAUUUUGAACGGCGUCAUUAGGCGGUUAUGUAUUUUACUUUUAAACAUUCAGUCAUAAAGCGUUAACGUUGUAAGGUUAUACUGCAAGUACGAUUUUAAAUUAGACUAAGGGAAGUUUAGUCAAUGUAACACGUGGUCAUAGAAUAUAUUUAAUGAAUGAAGUAACAUGGAUGAAUAUUUUUGGGUACUCCCAAAGUAUGUGGACCAAGAUGGCCGACAUCGGAACCUAGUAUGUGUACCAGGUUAGGCCUAACCCGGUGUCUGCCAUUUUUGUAUUUUGCUAUACAGAUUUAAGCACUAACUCUAUCUUUAUCCGGCGUGUUUUUAUUGGCGUGUUCAAGACACUGGGAGAUAUGCGGAAAUGGGUUCCAAACAACAAGUCAAAGAAACAUUGAAGGAAAUAAAAUUUUUUAUUAUUGCCAUUUCUAUCGUGGUAGUGUUAGCUGUGGUCGUCGUUUUGGCAAUUGAAUUUAACCCAAAUUGGAACGAUAACAAAGAUGUAAACGGGAAUAACAACGAGAAAUUGUCAAAAACGGAAUAUUGCAACAAUGAAAAGGGGGCAUCUGAGAUAUGUGAUGAAAUAAAGGAUUGCAGCAACGGGAGCGACGAAACAAACUGCCCAAUGAAAAAUGGAGGUGUAUGCUCUGAAUUUCGGUGCAUUGAAAACAAUGGCGAAAACCAAUGCUUAAGUCGAAAGAAGGUAUGUGAUGGAUGGAAAGAUUGUAUAGAUGGAUCAGACGAAAUAAACUGUAAUUCUACGUGUGGAAGAUAUGAGUAUCACUGCCCUGGUUUGAGCAAUGAUACCCAAUGCAUAGAUAGCAAUUUAGUCUGUGAUAACGUCCAUGAUUGUCCUGACGGAGCAGACGAAUAUCCAUGUGCGGAAUGGUUGGAAUGGAGUGGAUGGUGUAGGCUUCAGAGAGGAAACGAUACCAGUUCAUGUACUCUUAUAAGAUCUAAAAAGUGUCGACAUCGAGUAAAGGAGAUGGCAGAAGAAGAUAUCGGAGCGUGCGCUCUUUUUGGACUCGAUGUGAAUAUUUUCGACUUUAUGAAAUCAUGUAAUGACGUCACAGACUUCGAUGCUUAUGCGACUGAAUUAUGUCCAGCUAUUUCAACGAAACUGACAACGAAUGAAUCUCUCCCAUCAUUGGGUGAAAUACAAGAUUUUAUUGGGAUGCUGGAAGAUAAUAAUCCCCAUCAAGCGAAAGAAAAUAUGUCCUCGAGUUCCCAAAAUCACGAAAAUGUCACAACACAAAGUUCCAAGCACGUAUACUCUGCGAUAGUAGGAAUCUUCGCACUUACGGUGUGUGUUAUACUGUCGAUUAGCGCUUAUUGCACUACUAAACAUGAGCAUCAAGAAUCCUACAAUGUUUCUGUGCACGAAAGCAAAGAAGCGUCGCUAAACACACCGGACGAUGAUUUUAAUGGCGUUGAUUUGAUACUGGAACAUCCUGACAGCAUCGCAAGAAGUAUAUCAGUGUGAAAUCGGACUUAUUGACUGAGUGACAUUCGGAAAACUGUAACACAUGAACAUUAUAAGAAUCCAUUCUUAAUAAUAUUGCCAUAAGAAGCACUGUGACUGUAUUUUAUCGUUAGAGUUUUCAAGUUAUUAUGGAAUACGAAUUAUUUGUACUAUGUAUAGACUAAUGUGGGCA